GUGUCAAUUCCUCGCGCGGGAAUUUGUUAUUGAUAUGGAAAAGCGGUUUGACCGAGUUGUAUAAUGAUGUUCGCCUUUCUUUCUCCGGUUUCCCUAACAUGAGGAGCAACACUUCAGCCAGAUAAUUGCCACCAGCUCAGCUUCUUUACAAGUGCAAAUGGAGGCGGAAAACGGGCACAGCGCAGAGAACGUUCCCGCUUCCUUGGUCAUGGCGAACGAACAGGCCGUAGAAUUUCUUUCGAGCAUAGAUGAUGAUGUAUGGAACUCAUUGUUGUUUUCGGAUUCAUUGAUUACCACCUCUCAAACUGGCAGAGAAAUAGGUGAAAUGACAGUGACUGUAGAAAAUGCCACAUGGAGAGGAGAGCCAUGCUACCUGGUUCAUGCCAACAGUCAUGGAUCUGUAGAUCAAGUACCUAUUGGCACAUCUGUGACAGCAUAUGUUGGAAGGUCACUUCAGACAUUUGAACAAACCCACUAUGAAUAUGUCAAGAUACCAGAUAACCCACUAGAUAAAAAGACUUUGAUCGUUCUUGAUGAGGAUGGGACAUAUUCUGUGAAAAAGACUGAAUCACAAGGAGAGGAAACACAAAGGACUGAUAAAUAUUACAAAAAGGAACAAUUUCAGGGUUUCAUAUCUGAAGGCUCAAACUUGUUGCUUCAAAGAAUUAUGGUCAAGAGAGGUGUUCCAGAUGACUUGAUGUUUAUCGCUUUUGAUUCAACCACCAGUCUUUGUACCUCAUCCUAUAAAAUGCUCGGGAAGUCUUUGCAGAAAAUUGGUAUGCAUCAAGUUGCUGUGACCGGACUGCGCAGAGCAAUCCACUCGGUAGAGGAGUCACCCACAACUUGGGAAUCUUUCCUCCUGUCAACUGGGUACCUGGCAAGUCGAACACAGCUGGGCUCAGGGGUGACCAUGACCUUACUUAGAUUACCGGAGGAACAUCAGAAUACAGACACAGAAGUAUCAGAAGAGACAUCAGCAGUCAAACCUCUAAAGUGGGAGGAAGAUAUGCAACUGUUCUCACGUUUUUUAGACCCAUAUGUUGGAAGGUCACUUCAGACAUUUGAACAAACCCACUAUGAAUAUGUCAAGAUACCAGAUAACCCACUAGAUAAAAAGACUUUGAUCGUUCUUGAUGAGGAUGGGACAUAUUCUGUGAAAAAGACUGAAUCACAAGGAGAGGAAACACAAAGGACUGAUAAAUAUUACAAAAAGGAACAAUUUCAGGGUUUCAUAUCUGAAGGCUCAAACUUGUUGCUUCAAAGAAUUAUGGUCAAGAGAGGUGUUCCAGAUGACUUGAUGUUUAUCGCUUUUGAUUCAACCACCAGUCUUUGUACCUCAUCCUAUAAAAUGCUCGGGAAGUCUUUGCAGAAAAUUGGUAUGCAUCAAGUUGCUGUGACCGGACUGCGCAGAGCAAUCCACUCGGUAGAGGAGUCACCCACAACUUGGGAAUCUUUCCUCCUGUCAACUGGGUACCUGGCAAGUCGAACACAGCUGGGCUCAGGGGUGACCAUGACCUUACUUAGAUUACCGGAGGAACAUCAGAAUACAGACACAGAAGUAUCAGAAGAGACAUCAGCAGUCAAACCUCUAAAGUGGGAGGAAGAUAUGCAACUGUUCUCACGUUUUUUAGACCGUAAGGCGGAGUUGGCUGAUGAUCAUGCUACUUACAUGCGACGACACCCAGAACUACGAGCCCUUCUAGCUGACUUUCUACAGUUCCUACUGCUUCGAAAACCUGAUGACGUCACCGGCUUCGCCUCCGAAUUUUUUGGCGCGUUUUCCACAGCCGCGCCCUCUGUACCCUCGUUUGCACGCUCUUCUCCAAACCCUGCGCGACCUUCCUCGAUGCCAUAAUGGCGUUUCACACCCAGUGACCAGUUCCUUAAUUUGUCGUUCGAGCAAACAGCUUUUUACAAUAUUGUACAGCAAGUAAAGAGAAACACUCGUAUUACAGAGAACGUAUUAUCCAGCUCGUCUGAAAUUGCUCCAAACAGCAGUGUGAAUGUGUUAGUCGCCGAAUGUGGAGUCCUUUUGACUUGAGUUUGAUAUUAGAAAGUUAGAAGGCAUUUGGAUGAAUACUACUCAUUAAAAUGUGUCGAAAGUAA